ACAAGGAUCAAAAAGCCCUAAUUAAAGUGAAGCUGCCGAGCAGAGAAGCACACCACCGAACAAUAGUCAGUUAGUCAUGGGAAUCCAGAAGCAACUUCUUCGUCCCGGAACCGGUCCUAAACCAGCCGUCGGUCAGACCGUCACCGUGCACUGCACUGGUUAUGGGAAAAAUGGUGAUCUUUCGCAGAAGUUCUGGAGCACAAAGGAUCCUGGGCAGCAGCCUUUUUCGUUUGAGAUAGGCAAGGGCCGUGUAAUAAAAGGAUGGGACGAAGGUGUACUUGGCAUGCAAGUGGGUGAAGUUGCUCAUCUACGGUGCUCUCCAGAUUAUGCUUAUGGUCCUGGUGGAUUUCCAGCAUGGGGAAUACAACCCAACUCAGAACUCGUGUUUGAGAUUGAGGUCCUUAAUGCAAAAUAACUGCCUGGGAGGAGGCAGCAAUUGUCUGAAAGGAGCAUAUGAGUACUGAAUAAGUCUGUGGCCAUUGACACAAGUAUAUCCUGUUAGUAUGGCUGAUGUUUACUAUGACUUUUAGCAAACAUAUUUAAAUAUGCUAUGUUAAUGCAAGUAUUUGCCAUGCUUUGUUUAUGUAUCUUCCCAUGUUUAUUGAGUGGUUAUCACCCGGCAGAGCCAAAUGUUUAUGAUAUUCCGUUGCAACCCUGAUUUUGCCGUGACUUGUGUUCACGGCAAAGGUUGUUGGUAGUUAGUAUAUAUGCGCACAUCAUUCUUAAAUUUGGA